CUGGUCACCGCCGCCGUUCGAGAUGACCGCCGUUUUGAGAUCUCGGGCUUAGCUUAUGUGUUCCAGUGGAUCGGUGAGGGUAUUUUCUUCUAAUUGAGGAGAUCGGGGCAAAUUUUCUCGAGUGAAUCGAAGUGUUGAUUGCUUGGCUUGUCAUUUAGAAGUGUAAUAUAAUCGAGUGAUUCCAUGCCUGGACAGCCGCUAUUCCCGGCCCCGGUCUCGGCUUCACCGCCUCCGGACCAUGGGAAUGGAAGUAUAUCUACUGAAGUGAUAGUUGUUCUCUCCAUCUCUGGGGUGAUUCUUGUGGUUGUCUUGUUGAUCAUCGUCGUCAUCAUCAUCAUCAUGAAGAAGUGGCCCAAGGUUCCUUCGACGCAGCCACAACCUCCGCCACCGUUCUUUCCACCACAGACGUCCUUGCCGCCACAGACGGAACUAUCCACUGUUUAUGCAGGUCCAGACCGGGAUUUGGAGAGUCUUCAUUUCACAAGGCCAAUGCAAACCCCGGUUAACCCCACUUACAGUGUUCUGCAGCCGCUUUCACGCCUUCCUCAUCGGAAGUCACAGACAGAUACGCAGGGCACAAGCACAGUGCCUGUGCAAACGAGCCAGUAUGUGCCCAAUACAUGGGGAAUGAACUCCAAGGCGACUGCUGCUACCCAGAUUGGUACUUCCAGGCCUGUUUAUGCAGGUCCAGACCAGGAUUUGGAGAGUCUUCAUUUGACUAGGCCAAUGCAAACUCUGGUUGAUCCGAGUUACAGGGUACUGCAGCCGCUUUCAGGCCUUCCUCCUUUGCUUCAUCGGAAGUCAGAAACAAGUGAAGAUACGCAGGGCACAAGCACAGUGCCUGUGCAAAUGAGCCAGUAUGUGCCCAAUACAUGGGGAAUGAACUCCAAGGCGACUGCUGCUACCCAGAUUGGUACUUCCAGGCCUGUUUAUGCAGGUCCAGACCAGGAUUUGGAGAGUCUUCAUUUGACAAAGCCAAUGCAAACUCUGGUUGACCCGAGUUACAGUGUACUGCAGCCGCUCUCACGCCUUCCUCCUUUGCUUCAUCGGAAGUCGCAGACAACUGAAGAUACGGAAAGCACAGUACCUGUGCAAAUGAGCCAGCCCAGUACUCUGGGAAUGAACUCCAAUGCGACUGCUGCUACCCAGAUUGGUACUUCCAGGCCUGUUUAUGCAGGUCCAGACCAGGAUUUGGAGAGUCUUCAUUUGACAAAGCCAAUGCAAACUCCGGUUGACCCGAGUUACAGUGUACUGCAGCCGCUUUCACGCCUUCCUCCUUUGCUUCAUCGGAAGUCGCAGACAACUGAAGAUACGGAAAGCACAGUACCUGUGCAAAUGAGCCAGCCCAGUACUCUGGGAAUGAACUCCAAUGCGACUGCUGCUACCCAGAUUGGUACUUCCAGGCCUGUUUAUGCAGUUCCAGACUGUGUUUUGGAGAAUUUUCAUUUCACAAAGCCAAUGCAAACUCUGGUUGAUCCUAGUUACAGGGUACUGCAGCCACUUUCACACCUUCCACCUUUGCUUCAUAUGACGUCACAGACAAUUGAAGAUACGCAGAGCACAAGCACAGUGCCUGUGCAAAUGAGCCAGUAUGUGCCCAGUACCCAGAUUGGUACUUCCAGGCCUGUUAUUGCAGUUCCAGACUGUGUUUUGGAGAAUUUUCAUUUCACAAAGCCAAUGCAAACUCCGGUUGAUAACAGUUACAGGGUAUUGCAGCAGCUUUCACACGUUCCUCCGUUGCUUCAUAUGAAGUCGGUAGUCACAAGCACAGUAAGUUCACCAUUGUCGACCAGGUUGGGGACAUUUCCAGUGGUGGUAAGCUCGGCUACCGUGCCAGCAUUGAGCUCCGAUCAUUGCCAGAAAACACUGCCACAUGCCCAUUGUGAGGGAGAAAUUGAUAAUUCUCCUGCGACUAUGGAUGGUCGUUUUGUCUACAAAACUCAACCUGGAGGGUAUCGCGUGGGCAUGGAAGACCCUACUUUCAGAAAUGCUGUCACACUGGGUUCUGGAGAAUUGCAAGUGCAGAUAAUUCAGCACACUGACAUUGAAGAGUUAUGUGAACUGGGGUCUGGAGCCUUCGGCACGGUUUUCCAUGCAAAAUGGAAAGGCUCGGAUGUCGCUGUAAAAAGGAUCUGGGCUUCUGAGGAACAGCGCACUGAUUUCUGGAACGAAACUUCUAUCCUUGCAUCCUUGCACCAUCCGAAUUUGGUGUCCUUCUAUGGUGUUGUUCUCGAUGGACCUGAAGGGUCCGUCGGAACAAUCACCGAGUACAUGGAUGGUGGAUCAGUUCGACAGGCAUUGCAAAAAAAGUUAUUUGAUAGAUGCAGACGUCUAGUAAUUGUGAUGGAUAUCGCCUUGGGUAUGCAGUAUUUACAUGGGAAGGGCAUUGUACAUUUUGAUUUGAAGUGUGACAAUCUGCUCCUCAACCGAAGUAAUGCCCAACGCCCUGUAUGCAAGGUUGCUGACUUCGGAUUAUCAAAGGUCAAACACCAACCACUGAUCUCUGGUGGAGUGAGAGGAACACUUCCCUGGAUGGCUCCGGAGCUAUUAAAUGGAAGUAGCAGCCGUGUUUCUGAAAAGGUUGACGUUUUCUCAUUCGGAAUUGUGAUGUGGGAACUACUUACCGGUGAAGAGCCUUAUGCCGACUUACAUUAUGGCACAGUUCUAGGUGGGAUUGUCAACGACACCCUGCGCCCCCCCGUUCCUGAUUCGUGUGAUCCGCACUGGAGGCGGCUGAUGGAGCAGUGCUGGUCGGCCGAUCCAUCGGAUCGACCGACCUUCACAGAAAUCGUGAGCAUACUUCGGGCCAUGGCGACCUCUAUAUAGAUGCCUCUGGUCUACUCCAAACUUGUUCUAUGGUGUGCCCUGUUUCCUGCGGGUGAUGUGUGUGAUCUCAUAGUGUCCCCGAGUUGGGCUAGUUAUGAACCUCUAACUCGACGAGUGUGAGCUGUGAUCGCUGACAACAUUGAUGAAUCAAGUUAUUAUCAAUAGAUUUCUCGUUCCGUCAGUUUAGACAUCCUUUUCCGCACACAAAGAGAAAGCAGAGAGGCAAAAUCUGUUGUUUUAUUGUUGUUGAACUUGGGCAUUUCUCCUAUAAGAAUCCAGUGUUUGG